AUGAGACACUUGGUUUAUUCUUCGCUCGAUCACAAGCUAGGUCGUGUCAUAGACCGGCGUCUCAUAUAUGAGUCAGAUCAAAAAUGCUCCGAAAUUUCUCAGAAAGUGUAUUCUUAG